AUGCGCUUCCUCGUUGCGCCGCUCGUUCUCGGGGCCGCUGCCUCAGCGGCCGAAAACUACAACUCCCACGCCUCUCGGUCCGCCAACGUCGAGCAGCUCCUCGAGAAGCUCGGCUCUCUCUCCGAGGCGGACCUUGACCAUCUCAGCCAGAAGAAGCUUGGCUUGCUCUGCGGCACUGCUCUCAAGUCGGGCGGCGUCCAGGACGACCUCGCCAUCAGCGAGAUCUCCGAGGCCUACGGAUUCAAUGGCGCUACCGCCUCCAAGCUCGAGAGGGUCGUGAAGAGGAAGUGCGGCGGCGCUUUCAAGUACCGCAAGCGCCAGUUCGAUGAGGAAUCGUCUUCGGAUCCUUAUGCCGACGAGCCAACUGGGGCGUACGGCUCGACCUCGGGCCUUCCUCCGCCGUAUACAUCGUCGGCCCCGCCUAGGCCACCGCCGACGCCGAGCCCCAAGCCGAACCACAAGCCGAACCACAAGCCGCGCCCGUACUCUAGUUACAACCAGCCGCCACCUCCUGACCCAUCGAACUACGGUCCCCCGCCGCCCCCUGACACGUCGACCUACGGCCCACCGCCGCCUCCUGACACGUCGAACUACGGGCCGCCGCCGCCUCCCACGUCGACUUAUGGCCCACCGCCGCCUCCUGAAACGUCGACUUAUGGCCCGCCGCCCCCUCCCCCGUGGACUUCCAAGCAUCCCCAUCACCAUGAGUGGACCUACAGCUCGCCGCCGUAUCCCCCGCAGUCUUGGACGCAGGACGUCCCAACCUAUACCAGGCGUCCUCACCACCCCGGCGACACCACCCUUACCAUCACGGUGGACACGACCCUGCCGGUUCGCCCGGUCCCGACUGCUUGCCACGCUGAGAAGAUUACCACGGGCCUUGACGACUGCAUCACCAUUCCGGUCGGCUGCACCACUCUGCCGGCUUAUGGGGCCAACUACCUCAAGCCUUGCCAGCACGAGCGCAUCACCACGGGAAGCGACAACUGCGUCACCUUCCCGGCCCGUUGCAGCCUUCCUACUCCUGUCCCUUGCCUGAACUGCGGUCCUCGUCCGGGUGUCGUAUAUCCUCCCCAUCCGCCUUCGCCCAACUAUCCUGUUGUUGCCGUCCACCCCGGCCAGCCCCCGGCUCCCGAAUAUCCCGUCCCUGGCAAGCCCGAGACCCACGAGAAGGGUGUCCCUCCGGUCUAUCCCGUGCCCGGCAAGCCUGAGAUCCCCGGCCAGCCUCCGGCUCCCGUCUACCCCAUCCCCGGCAAGCCCGGGACCCACGAGAAGGGUGUCCCUCCGGUCUACCCCGUGCCCGGCAAGCCUGAGAUCCCCGGCCAGCCUCCGGCUCCCGUCUACCCCAUCCCCGGCAAGCCCGAGACCCACGAGAAGGGUGUCCCUCCGGUCUACCCCGUGCCCGGCAAGCCUGAGAUCCCCGGCCAGCCCCCGGCUCCCGUCUACCCUAUCCCCGGCAAGCCCGAGACUCACGAGAAGGGUAUCACUCCGGUCUAUCCCGUGCCCGGCAAGCCUAAGAUCCCCGGCCAGCCCCCGGCUCCCGUCUACCCCAUCCCCGGCAAGCCCGAGACCCACGAGAAGGGUGUCCCUCCGGUCUAUCCCGUGCCCGGCAAGCCUGAGAUCCCCGGCCAGCCCCCGGCUCCCGUCUACCCCAUCCCCGGCAAGCCCGAGACCCACGAGAAGGGUGUCCCUCCGGUCUAUCCCGUGCCCGGCAAGCCUGAGAUCCCCGGCCAGCCUCCGGCUCCCGUCUACCCCAUCCCCGGCAAGCCCGAGACCCACGAGAAGGGUGUCCCUCCGGUCUACCCCGUGCCCGGCAAGCCUGAGAUCCCCGGCCAGCCCCCGGCUCCCGUCUACCCUAUCCCCGGCAAGCCCGAGACUCACGAGAAGGGUAUCACUCCGGUCUAUCCCGUGCCCGGCAAGCCUAAGAUCCCCGGCCAGCCCCCGGCUCCCGUCUACCCCAUCCCCGGCAAGCCCGAGACCCACGAGAAGGGUGUCCCUCCGGUCUAUCCCGUGCCCGGCAAGCCUGAGAUCCCCGGCCAGCCUCCGGCUCCCGUCUACCCCAUCCCCGGCAAGCCCGAGACCCACGAGAAGGGUGUCCCUCCGGUCUAUCCCGUGCCCGGCAAGCCUGAGAUCCCCGGCCAGCCUCCGGCUCCCGUCUACCCCAUCCCCGGCAAGCCCGAGACCCACGAGAAGGGUGUCCCUCCGGUCUAUCCCGUGCCCGGCAAGCCUGAGAUCCCCGGCCAGCCCCCGGCUCCCGUCUACCCCGUCCCCGGCAAGCCCGAGAUCCAUGGCCAGCCUGAGGCUCCCGGUCAGCCAGCUGCUCCGGCCUAUCCUGUGCCUGGCAAGCCGGAGACCCAGGGCAAGUUUGUCCACCCUGGCCAGCCUGGAACUCCCGGUCAGCCUGGGACCCCUGGCCAGCCUGGAACCCCCGGCCAGCCUGAGGCCCCCGCCAAGCCUGUCGUCCCCGGCGUGCCGGAGGCUCCUAGCAAGCCCGGCAACACCGACACUGAGCCUCCCACGGUCAAUGUCUCUGGAGGCGCUGCUCGGUCGACUUCGGCUAUCGCCUACGUCGUCAUUGCCGCUGCUGCCUGGAUCGUGGCUUGUUAA